AUGUCUACCCCCGGCCCCGCCCCCGUCGACGUUGUCGCCCACAUCGCGUCGGCAGAUGAGUUUUCAGCACUCAUCUCGUCCAACACGUACGUCGUCGCCGACUUCUUCGCCGACUGGUGUCCUCCCUGCAAGGCCAUUGCGCCUCUCUACACCAAGAUGGCCACUGCCAGCAGCGUCCCCGGCCGCCUCGCCUUUGCCAAGAUCAACGUCGACCACGUCCCUGCCGUCGCCCAGUCCUACGGCAUCUCCUCCAUGCCCACCUUCCUCUUCUUCGCCGACGGCCGCCCCGAGCCCGUCGCCACUCUCCCCGCCAACGGCCCCACCCCGGCCGGCCCCUGCGUCCACCUCGUCGACGCCAAGGUCGCCCAGAUCCGCGGCGCCGAUCCCCGCGCCCUCAACGCCGUCGUCCUCGCCCUCACCGCCCUGGCCAAGGCCGCCCCGCCAGUCAACCCCGACGCCCACGCCCAGCCAAAACCGUCCUUGGUGGCCGGCGAUGCCAACACAGUGGUAGUCUUGCAGAAUGGCACGCCUGACACGCUGUGA